UUUAGUUGUGUCAACUUACUUUCAUGAGUUCAAUUAACUUAARAGUCACACAUUUCAUCUAAAACAAACGUUUAACUUUGAGUUGAAGUGAACCAAUUAAGUUGAAUGCAGUUUUACGUCUGACGUCAUUACGUAAGCUUUGCCCGAGACAGAUCCACUUGUGCCGACCGUGUGUGCAGCCGCCAUUUCUUCUGACCGUUGACUGUUCACCGGAUUGUAAUAAAACAGCCUGGAACAAAGCAUCAUCAAACCAUAGAAGYGUUGCACUUCAUGUGGAGAUGCAAAGACUGCGAGAGCGUGUUUUCCAGAAGAUCUGAAUUGCUCAAGCACUACAAACUAAACCACAGGCAUUAUGGACGGGGCUAUUCAURUCCAUGCACAUAUUUAAGUUGYGCAUGUAGAUUCAAGACCUGGAAUGCUUUAGUGAACCAUUUAUCAAGACAUCAUCCAGUCCACCAAACAGUUACCAAUGACUUAACCACAUUCAAAUGCCCCAUUUGUGAUUCUAAUCAACUUUCCACGGAGAGAGAUUAUUUUCAGCAUAUAUUUCAACAUCUCAAGAACAAGGAAACAGUCACAUGUGUGUUUCAGGACUGUGUUUAUCAAACAAAUAAUUACGAGAACUACAAAAGUCAUAAAUACAGAAAACAUUCUGAUGCUAACAGUACAUUUAAGACUGGGAUUACUGAAAAAAAACAAUUAGACUGUGGUGAAGAAUUGUGUGCUAGUUUUGACACUGACAUUUUUGAUCAGGACAGUACUGUACAAGCUUAUCCAAAUCACACAUUUAACAGGAAUGAUUCUGAAAACUUGGAGAGAGAUAUUGAACUUAAACUUGCAUCAGUUCUUCUAAAGUUAGAAAGCAGUUAUCUUGUUUCAAAUGCAGCUAUUGAUGAUCUAUUGCAGGAGUUAAACUAUUUAAUUGGUUCUUUGUCCCUGCCUGUUACAUGUAGAACUAUAACCCAAAUACUACACAGUCAUCUUUGCCAGUUUGACCCAUCAGUUGUUGAAAACCUUGCCAAGGCCCUCUGUGAAACAAACCCUGUAAAAAAAGCAAUAGGAGAGAAAGGCUUCCUUUCUAGUGCUUGGAGACGAAAAAAAUUCUAUAAAAAACAUUUUAAAGUGGUAGAACCUGAAGAAUAUAUUCUUGAUAAAAAAAAUAGAAAGUCAUUCCAGUAUGUAUCAAUCCUGAAGUCUUUGCAGCAAGUUCUUGAUUGUGAGGUUAUCUUGGAUCAGACUGAUAACUUAAAUAGUCUUAAUAAAGUACCACAAAGGAGUGUUCAUGCAUAUAGGUCUUUCUACGAUGGGUCAUUUUUCAGUGAAAAUGAGCUUUUGAGUAAGGAGGAGAGCAUUUCAUUAGUGUUGUAUAUAGACGAUUUCGAAAUAUGCAACCCUCUCGGGACAUCUAAACGGAAACAUAAAAUUUGUGGUUUAUACUGGAUUCUUGGAAAUUUACCACAGGGGUAUAAUUCUAACUUGUCUUCCAUUUACCUGGCUGCUUUAAUCAAAACAAAUGAUUUGAAGUGCUAUGGUUACGAGAAAGUUUUAGAACCUUUACUUAAUGAGCUCGCGAUUUUGGAACAAAAAGGGGUCUUUGUCUCAAAGUUGGGGAGAGCUGUAAAAGGUACAGUUCAGUGCGUGGUUGCAGAUAAUCUUGCUGCCCACAGUAUUGGUGGCUUUGUAGAAAACUUCACAGGGUCAUACGUAUGUAGGUUUUGUCUUGCAGUUAAAACAGACAUUCAAACUACAGAGGUUAAAACUGGUGCAUUUACCUUGAGAACCCAAAGCAUUCAUGCGGAUUGCUUAAAAAAUAUCGAGGAACAUGAAUUGUCAAGUUAUCGGGGUGUGAAAUCAGCUUCCAUUUUAUCACAUUUGUUGUAUUUUGACAUUACCACAGGUCUUCCUCCAGACAUUGUACAUGACCUGUUUGAAGGAGUUGUUCCUUUUGAACUAGCUUUGUGUCUGGGUGUUUUGAUUAAGAAAAAGUAUUUCACUUUGGCAUCACUGAAUGACGCAAUAGCAUCUUUCAACUUUAAGGGUACUGAUAGAACUAAUCGACCUCAACAAAUUUCCCUGCAUUUUGAAGCCAAAAAAAGUGUUGGGGGUAAUGCACAUGAGAAUUGGAGUUUGCUCAGAUUCUUACCUUUGUUGAUUGGACACAGAGUGCAAUAUGAGGAGCCAGCUUGGCAUAUCUUAACAGACUUAAGGGACAUUGUUGAUCUUGUGGUCUGUCCCAUGCACACAGAGGACUCUAUUGCCUACCUUGACUUUAAGAUCUCAGAACACAGAGCACAAUUCCAGGAGGUUUUUCCUAAUUGUGACCUUAAACCAAAACACCAUUUCUUGGAACAUUACCCACAGUUGAUUCGCCAGUUUGGUCCUUUAGUAGCCUUAUGGUCCAUGCGCUUUGAAGCUAAGCACAGUUUUUUUAAAAGAGUUGCAAGAAAUAUCAAGUGCUUUAAAAAUGUCCUCCGUACUCUUGCAGACAAACACCAGUAUCAAAUGGCACAUCAUUUGCAUUUAUGCGGUUUUACAAAACCUMAUUUGGAAGUUACAAAUGUUUUCACAGUAAGAAUUGAUGUUCUUGAUAAGGGAAUCGUAAAUGCUCUCAAACAGAAGUUUUCAAAUCUGGCCACAGUAUGCAUGACUAAAAGUGCAACAUUUAAUGGACUGAAGUAUAAAUGCGGGAUGAUCUUGAUCCAUGGCUCAUUGGGAGGAUUACCAGAGUUCAUUGAAAUCAUCCAAAUGGUGAUCCUGGCAAACCAGCUAUUCUUUCUGCUGGUGGGUCACCAGACUUUACUUCCCCUCAACCAUCAGGCUGAUGUAUAA